AUGAACAACAUGUUCGAAUCCACAUAUUUUAAGUUUAAAGGGUCUCAAGACCGAUGCCACGAAUGGAGCGAUACGAACUCCCACGAGUUCUUUGUGGCUGUCGAUGGACCGUUCAAGAAUGAGUACUCAAGCUACAAGGACUCGACGACGUUCCUGAAGGCUUACGACUCUGUCCCCGAAGAAGAGCGAUGCUUCUUCGAGCAGAUCCGCGAAGGCAAGGCUUGCAAAGAGUACUACGACAUCGACUGGACUCUCGCUUCCUCUGCCGAUGAGUGUGAAAUAAAGAGACUGGAGCAGCAGGUGUUCGCUGCUUUUUUGAGAGUGCGCAACCAACACGCCCCCGAGUUUGCACUUGAUGAUGAGCAUUGCCGUAUUCUCAGUGCAUCCAACAGCGAGAAGCUGUCGUUGCACAUCGUGAUCCCGACAUAUGUGUUUGAGAACAACCACCAACACCUGAAGGCGUUCUUUCUUGCGUUCCAGAAGUUUUGGUGCUCCGCUCUUUGUGACGACGAAGACGCCGCGUUACUCAAACGCAUCGACGAAGGAGUCUAUAGCAGGAACCGGACCAUGCGGAUUCUCGGGAGUCACAAGUCCUUGGAGCCAAGUCGUUCACUGCUGCGAGCCAAGUGGCAUGAUCCGUCCACGUUGGCCGAAGAUGAAGAGUUUCUCAUCACUGCAAUUGGACCUGACUCUAUCAAGAUCACCAGCGAUUUGCAAGAGGUUGCCGUUGAGCGAGCACCGUCGACUGUAACUAGGAAAACUCGAGAAGCUAUUCAGUUGUGCUUGCCCAAGCACAUCGUAGGUGCUGUGAGAGCUAAGUUUGAGCAGACACCACAUGCCGCCCAGUUCUUCGAGAUGCAGUGUUAUGCAGACCGUCCAAUGGACUUCGAGCUUCUACGCAAAGUUCAGGGUCACUGUGUGGUCUGCGAACGAGAGCACGAUCGGGAAAAUGCAUACUUGAGACUUGCUGAGUCCGGCGCUAUCUACUUGAAGUGCUAUCGAUCCAGCAGUCCAGGAAAGGAGGUGUGCAAACGUGAUUUCGCCUUGGCUGUUGAGAUCGAAGCCGCUAUGGCCUUGCAAGCGCGCCAUGGACUUACUCAUGUGGACAUCUCUGACGAUGCUCGGUUCCUGACACAUUUCCACCUGGCGCCGCCACACGAACCAUUGAAACUUGAAUACGGCCAGCUGGUCAAAAAUGUCAGCCAGUCUCCCAGUCUGUUAAUUCGAUGCGACACAGGUGGCGGCAAGACCGUGUGCACAGAAAAACUUAUCGAGGCCAACAAAAACUCGAAGUUCGUUGCCAUUACUUGUCGCCGAACACUGGCGAACAUGCAUGAAGAGCGGUUUAUCGGAUUCGAGAACUACCAGGACUUCCCAGGCGUGAUUGCUUAUCUUUGCGAUGAGGAGGUCGAGAUCAUGAAGAGCCUUCGCUGCGACUUCAUCGUCAUCAACAACACGUUCCAACAGCAGAAAGAUGACAAAGUUGUGUUGUUCGACGACAAGAUGAAGCUUAUCGCGGUGACAAAGGACCUGCUUCGAGAUGGCAAGCGGGUGUGCAUCUCCAGUACGAUGAGUGCGAAGCUAACCGAAACACUGCAUGCCAUGUUGACAGAGGCAGGGUUCAAGGGCGUGUGUGUGACCAAGAACACCCCCGAAAGUGUGAAAAGAGACAUCAGCAAGAACAUCAACACCACCAUGGCCGAUCUCGACUAUUUCAUCCACACACCCACCAUCAGUGUCGGGGUCGACUACAAUGUCAAGGACCAUGUUGACUACGUGAUCGGUACCUUCAGCACGCACAGCGAGGUUGACGUCGAAACAUGCAUGCAGAUGAUGCGACGGGUACGACAUGUUAAGUCCAAUACGUACUUGGUGUAUGCAGAUGCGACGACCAGAAAUCUCCCAGCUUCCGCACCAGAAGUCAAGAACUGGAUCUGCAAUCACCUCGACAUUGUCACAGGCAGGGUCCGAAUGAGCCCAACACUGAAGUUGACGCUAGAUGACAACAGCCGCCUCGCCAUGCCCGAUGACCUGUAUCAUCGCAUGUACUGCCACGUGAGGGCCAAAAAGAACCUCUCCUUGAACGACUUUAGAUCGCGACUUAUUCAGCGAAUGUCUCAAGCUGGAUGCAUUGUCACAGGCAAGAGCGACAAACUUCCCCUGGACAGUCCGAUUAUCGCUGACUUGAAAGCGAAGGAGGAAGAGAUUACGGCCGCCUUGCAUCAACAGACCGCAGAUGCAGACCCCUUGAGUCCAGACAAGUUCGAAGAGCUUUCGCGCGGAACGCAAGAGUUGGACGCUGGACAGCGGGCUUCAAUGCACAAGUUCGCGCUCGUGCGAACUUAUGGGGUCCAGGAUCAUAGCAUCGUGACCGUAGAGUGGGUCGGAAUGUUUGACAAAGCGGAUGAGAGGGAGUGGUUUAAGAACCUCACUGCACUGUCUCGUAAAGGCGGGGCGUCAUUGCAAUCGUGUUUGGCGCUCGUGAAGCAGUGUGAAGAUAUUGGACUAGAUUACAGCUUGCGAGGAGCACCAACAACUGCUGAAGCACACAGUAGAAUCGAUAGUACCCAGUUUGUGAAGCUGGAUUAUGUGGUUGGCAUUUUGAUUGCAUGUGGAUUCGAGGACACGUUCCCGACAAACGAGGUGUUGGCUGAAGAUCUCAAGAGUCGGAUCGAUGAGAUUUGGGGUUGGGCAGGUCUUGAGAGAAACAUGUCGCAGAUCUGCACCACCCUCAAGAAGAAAAGGCCCACACACAACAACUGGACGUUCAAGAACAAGCUCAAAUUUAUCAACACAGUUUUGCACGCAGUACUUGGUGCAAGGAUCUCGGGAACUAACAAUCGCAGGUCGAGAUAUCGUCUCAAUCACACCUCGAGCGUAGGAUCUGCCGAGAACAGCCCGCUCAGACGUUGA